GGUACGGCUCAGUGUUUCCAUGGUAACCUAAUACACCGCUCGGCGGCAGUUAUUGCCCAGGGUCUCGGAUUCAGGUAACGAGAAGGCCGGAUGGCUGCGGCCUGGCUGGAGGGCCGGCAUGGGAGGCUAAUACUAUACACAUAACGGUCAUUCACAUAAAGGGACUGUUCAAAGUGAAUUUCACAUUUUAGACCAAAGUAGCCGAACUGUGAGCAUGGCCGACUCGGAGAAUGUCUCCAGUUCGACUAUUUUUACCUUGAAUUUCCAAUUCACUUUGAAUAAUCCUGAUAGACUUUAUAUAGAGCUUCAGUCACUCCAUGGAGUGGUUAACAGGGUUAAAAAAAAAACCCAAAAAACUCUUUUCACUUCCCCAAUCCGUCUCCUCCUCUAGCGACGCUGACGGAGGACGUAGUGUGCCCGCACGCCACGCACUGCAUGCACAUUAGACCCUCUCCAUAGGGAGGCAUUGAAUCAGUGCUUGCCAAUGGGGAUUUUGAAGACGCCGGAUGUUCUCAUGCAAAAUGUGAGAAUGUCCAAUGUCGUUUCUGGCAGCCGGCCACUUGGGUUUGGCCUAACCUUCUCUGAAACUGCAUUGUUUUCACUUGCAGGGUUAAAGGGACUUCACCCAAAUCAGUUCAAUGAUCUGAAGGAGUCUGGGUGCCUAUAGUGUCUCUUUAACAGAGAAUGCCAAAGAUUUGCAAAACGAAGGCCAAAUAUAGCCAAAUUGGAAUACCCUGAUUGGUUAAACAUGCACAGGAGUAGACAACAUUCGGUACGCCAGAUAUUGUGGAUGCAUCUCCAGUGAUGCUUUGCUAGCAUUAUGGCUGUAAGAGCAUUAUGGGAGAGGUAGUCCAAAACAUCUUCAGUUUCAAAGGCUGCCUUGUAACAGGGUUGUAUUUUUUUAGCAGUAGAAGACAUGGGGUUAAAAAACCCUUGUGCCACUUACCUGGGUCCAGCGCGGUGUUCCUCCGCGCUGGCUCGGGUCCGCCUUUGCUCCAGUGACCACACUCAAAUUAGGAUUUCCCCAUAGGAGAGCAUUAUACAGUGCUUUCCUAUGGGGAUUCGGGUGACACUGGGAGUCCAGCAUCAGUUAGGUGACCAAAAGUCGCCUAACAGCCCGAAGUCCCUCUAGUGGCUGUUUGGUAGACAGCACUAGAGGUGCAGUUAACCCUGAAAGAUAAUUAUUGCAGUUUCUUAAAAAUUUAACUGAAGUGGCCUGGGUGCCUAUAGUGUCCCUUAAAGCAAGAAUUCAAAGUGAAUUUCCAAUUUAAGGGCAGAGUAGCCAAACUGAAAGUAUAGCUAAGAGAAUUUUUCCAGUUCUGUAAUUUUUACCUUUAAUUUGAAAUUCACUUUGAAUUCUCACUUUAGUGAAUAAGCCUGCAAAUUAUGGUGAAUUGAAAACCGAAUAGCAAAACGUAGGCUAAAUAGAUGAGGUGGAAAAGUUCUUUAAGUCAGCUACUAUACCAGCUUUGUUAGUUUAGCUUUGUUUUUGUUUUUUUUGCAAUUUAUUUUUAAGUUGCGUAUGCAGUGAAUACAUUCCUAUGUCUCACAUACUAAAAAAAAAAAAAAUACAAAGUUAACAAAUUACAUUAAUAAGCAUAUUACAAAUAAAAUACGAUUCAUUGCAGGUCAUUUUUACUAAAUGAAUUUGGCAUAUUACUUAACUAAUGAGCACAGGAAUCCAUUAUUAAAGGAACACCAUAGUCACCUAAAUUACUUUAGCUAAAUAAAGCAGUUUUAGUGUAUAGAUCAUUCCCCUGCAAUUUCACUGCAGAAUUCACUGUCAUUUAGGAGUUAAAUCACUUUGUUUCUGUUUAUGCAGCCCUAGCCACACCUCCCCUGGCUAUGAUUGACAGAGCCUUUUAAAAAAAAAAAAACUGGUUUCACUUUCAAACAGAUGUAAUUUACCUUAAAUAAUUGUAUCUCAAUCUCUAAAUUGAACUUUAAUCACAUACAGGAGGCUCUUGCAGGGUCUAGCAAGCUAUUAACAUAGCAGGGGAUAAGAAAAUCUUAAUUAAACAGAACUUGCAAUAAAGAAAGCCUAAAUAGGGCUCUCUUUACAGGAAGUGUUUAUGGAAGGCUGUGCAAGUCACAUGCAGGGAGGUGUGACUAGGGUUCAUAAACAAAGGGAUUUAACUCCUAAAUGGCAGAGGAUUGAGCAGUGAGGCUGCAGGGGCAUGUUCUAUACACCAAAACUGCUUCAUUAAGCUAAAGUUGUUCAGGUGACUAUAGUGUCCCUUUAAUUUUUCAUUUCUCAUGUGACACUCUUCUCCCUGCUGCCUUACAUAGAUUAGUGGCUAUACAUCAGUGAGCACAUUAAACAAAAGAAUCAGGUGGAAUUAGACUAGAUUAACAUUGGCAGGUGGGGAGGCUUAAGCAGAUGUCAUGGUCGUGGGUGCAACCAGCAUUUUAUAGUAUUUAGAAUAUGCAGCAGAAAGAAAAACAAUUCAUUAUGAAAGAUAUCCCAAAAAGUCAAGAUUAAUUAUUUCAUGUUACUUCUGCUGCAUAUGAAUGGUACGUAUUGCAAGACAUUCUUUUCAUGCACAUCACCACAUUAUGAAACCUUCUUACAGGAAUAUUCACUAAGGUCUCAAUUUCAUUAAUUUGUAUGAGCAUCUGAAAAUAUUCAAAUCUGUUUAAAAAAAAAAAAAACCUUUUCAGUGAUUUAUCUACAGAUGUGACUAUUAAAGGGACACUAUAAGUCCUACACUAUAGGCACCCAGACCACUUCAUCUCAUUGAAAUGGUCUGGGUGCAGUGUUCCUGUUAAUCUUAGCCCUGCAAUGCAAAACGUUGUAGUUUUAGAGAAACUGCAAAGUUUACAUUACUGUGCUAAGACUGAGUCUAGUGGCUGUCUACCCGUCAGACACUAAAGGCACUUCCUGGAGGUUCAAUAUUGCGUAAAGAGUAGCAAUAUGUUGUUAAAUAAAUAGUUGUGUUCUGUCAUAAUAUAAUGUCAUGUCCUUGUUCAUACAUGUUUGGUGGCUGCGUGCAUGUUGGUAUGUCUGAAUAAGCUCUAAAUUGAAUCAAACAAAAUGUCAUGUGAUAGUGAUAAACAGAUGAGGAAUACAUUUCUGAACAAUUAUAAAAAUAUUAACCAAAAUAAAUAGCUCCCCCAGCAUGGUAUUUAAAUAGGGUAGUUUAGCACAUAUCAUGGAAUACUGGGCAACCCCUUCAUUGUAGUUAAGAGGGACGCCUGAGGUUUUCUUGUUGACAGGGAUGCAUUGAAUCCCUGUAAUAACAUAUUAACCUAUUACUUACUAUGCAUUGGUGAAAUAUUGUGGGGUCAAUUAAGCAGGUUUUCCUGCAGGUAAGUUAUCCACCAGACCUAAGAUUAAUUCAACCAUUGAUCAAGUGCCACUAGUUUAUUUUAUACAGUAUGUACGUCCACCCAGUACUAGGUAUAGGACAAGGAAGCAGCUACACCUGCAUGUCUUCUGAAUUGUUACUCCACCAAUGGUGUGAGGGAAUAGGAACCAUAGUAAUACUUAUUCGUGGUUAACAGGGGUAUGGGCACCAGUUUGGUUGCUGGCUGUGCAAAUAUUUGGCCGUUCUAUUAUUUACAGACACUGAACAUACAGAAGUCUUAAUUGUAAACACAACUAUUCAAAUUCAGAGUCAAUUCUGUUUGAUAAUUGUGUGAAUGCCAUAUUUCAUAUGGUGUUUAGAAUAGGAACAUGCCAAGCACCAUAAUCACUACAGCACACUGCCAGGAUUGCCCUGCUGCCCUUAUAUUGUAAGGGGCCAAACUACUUCUGAAUGGUAUGACUUCUUAUCUAACGUCCUCAGGGCACUACUCCCCACCUCCAAGAGACAGAGGUUUAGCAGUUAUGGCGCCUGGAGUGUUUCUAUAAUACAUUUGGUGUGAUUUCCCUAAAUUGUGCUUAGUAAAUUUCCAACCUGCACUUUCAUAUUAUAUUCUGUGAUUUCCGCUGAAAUUUGCCAUUCACAGGACAGCCUGGAGUUUAGUGGAUAAUCACUAUAUGAGCCCUUCCAAAAAAUUGCUGUUGAGGAAACCUAAAUUGAAUUAGAGCUACUGACUAGCCAUAACAUUGUGGGAUGUUUAUUAAUUCAGAAUUAUAUCUUUCAUGAAAGCAGGAGUAAUUAAAGCAUGUAGUGUCUGCAGGUACAUGGAAUUCAUGUGCUUUCAGUAUGCAACCUGCCAUCACUGCCAAAAUCACAAAAGAUCCAUCUUGAUAAACUGAUUUCACAAACUGGGUUUUUCGCUAAAGUUUGAAUGCCCCUGAUCUAGAUUAUCUAAGUAAUCCCUUUCCAGCUGGGAGCAUUCAGAAUACAAAAUCCAGACCUUGUUCGCAAGAUUGAUCAAUGUCAGAAUUUUGCAAUACAGUUUCUGAAUUAGAUUGAAUGUAGACCAGAUUUCUACCAGUCCAGAUACAAUUGAAUGAAAAUCCAGAACCGAAGUAGUGAAAUAAGCAACUGAACUAUUACAUUCAAAAUAAUUGGCCCCAAAAACUUGGUUGAAUAAGACAAUUUAAUCAGUCUAAAUUUGAAACCAUUGCAAAAGCUGCAAUUAGCACAAUUAAGAUUUCUAACUCUAUUUGAGAAAGACCCAUCUGUAGAUGGGUCUGGUAUACCGCAACAAUUUAAAAAAUUGUUUUUACGGGAAAGGGAGGGGAGGGGAUAAAAUAUAAUUUUGUCAAACUGACGGGCUUUAGGGGUUUUGAAGUGUCUCUUUAAAGGACCACUAAAUGCACCUAGACCACUAUAGCUCAAUAAAGUGGUUUGAGUGCAGUGGCCCUGUAGAGUAACUAAAUGCAACUCAUAGGAGAACAUUUAAUUAAGUGCUUCCUUAUGAGAAGCUUUUGAUUUGGCAUGCUCGCUGCGCAUGUGCAUUUCUUCCCCAUUGCUCCUCUAUGAGGAGUAUUGAACUGAAUGAUCGACUUGGAAGCAACGCCUCCAUGAUGAAGUCUCAGUGCUGGAAAAAGUAAAACCUUUGAUAAGUCAUUUAUAUUGCUCAUGGUGGUCUGUGCUCUGUAACGUUAGUAUACAGUAAAGAAUAUAGGCGGAGCGCUUAAUAUGUAACUUAUCUUAUAAUCUUUCUGAUAGCAGAUAUAGCUAAAAAUAAGAGACACAAAAAUAAAAGAUCAAAUGAAGUUAUGAGUUAUAAAAGUCACAUAUAUGAGAGCCAAAAAAUGACACUUGCCUCUAGUGGAUAGCACUUGUAGGACUGUUGAUGUGUCCUCUCCCUUUUAUUAUAGGGAUUAUAUUAUAGAGAUUAUUUUACUAUAGAGAUUUACUCUAUAAUGAAAUGAAUUUUCAUAGUGUAAUGGAAUAAUCACAGUUCCACAGAACAACUCACAUGAUUAAGAUUAUGGUAAGCUUGCUUGACACUGUAUUCAGGUUUUUGACCACCACAAUGAAGUAGUUGAGAAUACUUCCAUGAAUCUUCAAUAUUUAAUGGCAAAAUAAUAAACAGGAGUAAAACCAAUAAAAAAAAUAAUUUUGAAUUCACUAUGGAUUCUCGCAUUUCAAAAGAAUUUGGCACUUAUACAAAUUAACCUGAUUACACUCCGCUGGCUGUCAACUCACCCUGUUACUAACUGGUUGUUUAGCUCAGUGGAGAAAAUCUGUGCUGUGGAAGAUGAGGGCUUGCAAAGGUAGCAAACAAUAGAUCUACAGCUUUUGUAAGCUGUUUUUAGAUAUUCCACCAAUGUAACUGCCCGACAGCACUCCUCGCUUCCUGAAGCUGCAUUGGGGACAGUAAGUUACAGCACUGGAGAGCAACCCUUUCAAGAACUGUUUAACAACUUCAGAUUAGGAAGUACCAGGGACUUAUGUGACCCAUAACAACUUAAUUUUGAUGACAUUGUUAUGGUGCCAUAUGGUUCCUGUAAAUCUAUCCUGGAGUGUUCCAUAUAAAAUUCAAUCACAUCAAAGGAAAACAAAGCAAUUUGGGCUCAUCCUGGCAUCCAAUGCAAAUUUCAAAUGUCCCUUGAUGGCAUGCAUACAACAUGUCAAUACUUCAUGAAUUAUAUCCUGUUCACAUGCAUUACUGUAGUAUAUUAGGAGAGUGGUGGUAACAGAGUACAUCAUAUUAAAUUGAUAUACAAUCCUCAACUUAUAUAAAUCCAACAGAAUCCAUACCACCACUGCUUAUUGUGAUCCCCUUAUCAAAUCAUUAUAGACUGGUUUGGCAAAAUAUGUGGGUAUUUCACUUCUCCAGUGUCUAAACAAAGCCUCCAGCCUUGAACCACAAUGAUAGGUAGGAUAUUAACUAUUUCCUACAUCAAAUUUUAUUCAAUGCUUCCUUAUGAGAAGCUUUUGAUUUGGCAUGCUCGCUGCGCAUGUGCAUUUCUUCUCCAUUGCUCCUCUAUGAGGAGUAUUGGAUUGGAGGAUCAACCAGGAAGCAACGCCUCCAUGAUGAUGUUGUGGGAAGCGUUGCAGCCUGGAGCACUGAGGAAGUCUCUGUGAGUGCAGGAAAACGUAAAACCUUUUAUAACUCAUUGAUAUUGCUCAUGGUGGUGGGUGAUAAAUCAAAUUAGGGCCUAGGGCACUAUAAUGUUAGUAAACACAUGCUUGUUUGAAAACUACUAAAGCUUGUUCCUGUUCUUUAUAGAGUGGGAGAAUGGAUUCCAUCAAUUUUUUAAAUUCUUCAAUAAUUCUCCAGCAAGGGGACUCCCCAGAGCACAGUAAGAGAAGAAAUGUUCCACAAACAGGAGAAUUACAAUCACCAGCUUGUAUCCUUGAUUAGCAGUAACAUUUUUCAUUUUGUAUAGAUUCAGUGGUUCUAUUUCUAUAUAAUAGAUGAAUUUACAGGAUGACCACCCAAAUAUCUGUAAGACGUUUAAUAUAAGAUAAUACAAUUAUGUAAUAGUCCAUUAGGUGAUGCAUAACAUUCUAAUCUUCUGCCAUCUUAAACAUAUUGACAUUAAAGGACCACCAUAGUGCCAGGAAAACAUACUCAUUUUCCCGGCACUAUAGUGCCCUGAGGGUGCCCCCACCCUCAAGGUCCCCCUCCCGCCCGGCUCUGGAAAGGGGAAAGGGGGUUAAAUUUACCUUUUUCCAGCGCUGGGCGGGGAGCUCUCCUCCUCCUCUCUGCCUCUGUUCCGCCCUGUCGGCUGAAUGCGCAUGCGCGGCAAGAGCUGCGCGCGCAUUCAGCUUUCCUAUGGACGCUUGCGUGCUCUCACUGCGAAAAUCACAGUGAGAAGCACGCAAGCGCCUCUAGUGGCUGUCAAUGAGACAGCCGCUAGAGGAAAUAGGGGAAGGCUUAACCCAUUCAUAAACAUAGCAGUUUCUCUGAAACUGCUAUGUUUAUAAAAAAAUGGGUUAACCCUAGCUGGACCUGGCACCCAGACCACUUCAUUAAGCUGAAGUGGUCUGGGUGCCUAGAGUGGUCCUUUAAAGGAUAACUCCAACCAAAAAUCUGUGUUUUCCUAAAACACUGGUUUUGGUUAUGGUAACCUUUGCUGAGGUGGUCUCCCACCAAAAAAAGAGAAUUAAGAUAAAACCUGGAGGGAUCUUAUUACUUCUUCAUAUUUAUUGUGAAUUUAAGAGUUUACUGUUCCUUUGUUCAUGUAUUCUCACUGGUGUGGUUGAGGUUGUAUAAAGAAACAAAAUUACCUGUUUUCCAGGACCUAAGCCAAGUUCUCCCUGCAGCCCAAUCCUCCAUGGCUGAUGUGACUCGCUCUCACCAGAGGCAAGGCAGAUUGAGGGGAGAGCAUGGGUGGCACGGAGUGGGGGGCCAUGCCGCCAUUGGUUGUCUGGCGUCAACAUACUGUGCAUGCUGGCGACAGAUGUUCAUUUUCACAGGAUUCACAUUAGCGACCCUGACCUCUUGUUCUUGGCUGGCUCUUGAUGCCUAAUGACACGGCCAGAGGUCAAGUUACAACACCUGCACCUGUGCAUUGAUAGUGCACCUAAAGACUCCAGGCACCAUGAUCACUUCAAAUAAGUGAAGUUGUCAUUGUGCUUGGUGUAACUCUUUAAGCAACUUUCAGGUAUUUAAAUUAUGAUAACUGACCAUGUAUAAUAAUCCAAAUCUGGUAAUUGUAUGCAGCUUUGAAAGACUUCAAAUUAGCUGUCUCAUAUUGGAGCUCUAUUCCACAAUGAUAUUAUGUUUAUGCUUUAAUCCAUGUCUUAUUCUACAUCUGGAAGGGCAUUUUAUUAUAAUUCUUUCAUAUUGGUUCUUUUGUUAACAGUGCAGUGAUAAUUAGAUUAUCCAACUUAAAAGGAUAUUUCAAGCAUCAUAACCACUGCAGCUCAUUGGUUGAGAUUAUCAUCACUUUACUCUUAGCCAAUGAGCUAUGUCCUGCACUGCUGGGCUUAGCCCAAGAAAGAGAUCAUCCAGUGGAGAGUUCAUUUACAAUGGUUUUUUUAUUACUAAAUGGUUUGCCCCUUACAUUAAGAGGCUUCAAGGGUACUUCUGGCACCAAAACCACUAUAGCAUGCUGUAAUUGUUAUGGUGCUUGGAGUGUUCAGAACAACUUUAGCUUAAUAAACUGUUUUAAUAAACUGCCCCUGCAGUCUCAUUGCUCAGUUCUCUGCCAUUUAGGAGUCAAAUCACUUUUUCUUCCGUUUAUGCACCCCUAGCCAUACAUUUCCUGGCUGUGACUCAUACAACCUGCAUUAGAAAUUGUUUCAUUUUCAAUCAAUUGUUAACUUGUUAUAAAAGUUUUUAUCUCCUGCUCUAGCAGGUGAUUGACUGAACAGGAGAUAAGAAAAUCUAAUAGACUGUGCAAUAGAGGAAGUUUAAACUUUAGAUCUCUCUUUAUAGGAAGUGUUGUGUAAGGCUGUGUAAGUCAUAUGCAGACAGUUGUGAAUAGGACUGUAUAAAUUAAAGUGAUUUAACUCCUAAAUGGCAGAGAAUUGAGCAGUGAGACUGCAAGGACACGAUCUAUACACCAAAACUUCUUUAUUAAGCAAAAGUUGUUUUGGUGCCUAUAGUGUCCCUUUAAAUAGUGCUCCUUUUAACAACAUUUUAAUCUUGAAGAGUAAAGUUGAUCCUGAUAUAUGGCAGCUGGAGACCUGAGCUCUGAAAUAUCGCUAUUUGUUUCUUGUCUGAAAGCAAUUUACGAUGCUCCGUUUCUUUUCCUUCACCUGCAUUCCAGUAUUUGUAAUUGGGUCCAUGGAAAUGGUAAAUCAGAAAUUAGCUCAUAUAGAGUGUGGGUUGGAAACACAAGAUCUGGUAAGCAGUGUUUUACAACAUAUCCACUAAGCUCUUUGGUAUGGUUAAUAUUUUGUAAACAUUGGAUUUUUUUGGCAUUGGCUUCCAUUCACAAAAACAAGCUGUUUUCAUUUGAAAAUUAUCGAACAUGACCUUUUCUGCUAAACAUGAGAAAGCCCACCUAUUCUUUUGACUUUAUUUUGUUAACGAUUGCAGAGUAUAUUUUUUGUUUGAUUUUCUUUAUUUUUUAUGCUAACUCUUUGAACAAGUUUUUUUAAUGCAUGUUUUAUAUCUAUAUGUGAGCGAUAUAUUGAUGUAAAUAUAUACUCUGAUGAUUAUAUUGUUGGAUUUAUAGCUAAAUAAAAUUCUAAAUAAAAACAAAUAUCAUGAAUAUAAUAAUGAAGGUCAACUAUGGACAAUGUGUAGUCGACAUAAUAUUUUGAAACCAUAUGUAGUGCAUUAAAAGUACGUACUGGGAUACAUGCAAUAAAUUAAUGAAAUGUGAACAUUCCUAAAUGAUUUAUGUAGUACAGAAUAAUCCUUGCACUUAUGAUAUUGGUUUCAAUCUUUUAAUUGUAUUGUAGAUAAAUGAUUGUUGGGAGGGAGCAAAAUCAGUCGACAACACUUUUGGAUGCGAAUUACUGUUACCGAAGAGACCACAGGAAAAAAACAAAUGUAUUGAAGGUAUGUUUACAGUACCAUAACAACCCUGAAAUUCUAUUAACAUAACAUUUUCACCUAUUGAUUGGGAUAUGACAUUAAAUAAUAUGAAUAUAUUGUUAUAUAUAACAAAACAUAUAAACAGUUAUUUGUUCUGUUGUAUGAAAAUGAAUAAGGGAAGGCAUGGGCAUAGAAUAUGAAACAUCUUUAUACAGUUUAUUUCUGCUCACAGGGAUAGGUCAGCUAUGAAUGUUUCUUUUAAAAAUCGGAAAUCUUAAAGAUAAAAACAGGUAAUCACAAGUUCUUAGGCAAGUACCCACAUUUUUUACAUAGUAAUAGCUUGGUGAACAAUUCUUUAACAGCAAAAUCUGUUCAUUGUCCCUUCUUAAAAAUAUAGCAGAAUGAAUUUAACAAAGCGCCUUCAUUACACUCUUUUACAGUGUCAAAUGAGUCUCCAGUUGCACUGAGAAUACAGUGAAUCAUGUAUUUAUUGCAAAUGCCUGUAUAACCUAAUGAAUAUGAUGUACUGAUCUCAACUAAUUAAUAGUCCAAUAUGAUGUACUGAUCUCAACUAAUUAAUAGCCCAGUGAGAUCUAUUGCGUUAGUUGCUUCUUGAAUCUGGCAAUCUUUGUAGGAUGAUAAGAUGAAAAGUAGAAAAAUAUUUCAUUUCAGAAUGAUGUUUGUUUUUUCUUCAUCUCCAGAAAGUGACACAAAAGAUUUUUGGACUUUCACCCCGACAUUUCAAAGUUCCUUAACCAAAAAUUAUUUUCAAUGUAAUCUGAAAGCUGAGAAGAAAGUAAGAAUUAUGUGUAUUAAGAAAUGCUGGAUCUCAUUAACCUAUAUGUUCACAUGUAUCAUUUAUAUUAAUAUCCAUUUUAGUGUUCAACAAAAGCUUAAAAACAUGCAGUUGAACAAUCAUUUAAAUUUAGUUGAAAUGUUUACAUACUGACAAAAAUGUCACUUGGUAGGACAAGGAUCUUUUUGAUUUUAGGAGGUGUGUCUGGAACCAUAAUCGGUGGACAGACCUAUAGCAAAUAGUGGAAUGCGCAGCAAAUAGCAGGUACAAACAUCCAAUCUGUAUUCUGGCAUAUUUACCCUAUUAACACUAUAGGAUACCUUUCAUUUGAGGGAGGGAAGGGGAAGUGUAUUCAUUUUGGGGAGGGAGAGGGGCAGUGUAUUAAAUUGGGGGAGGGAUUGGGCCUGUGUAUUAGAGUGAUAAUGGGGGGCAGUGUAUUAGAGUGGUGGGAGGGGGCAGUAUGUUACAUUGGGGGAAAGGGUCAGUGUAUUAGAGUGGUGGGAGGGGGGGCAGUGUAUUAAAUUAUGAGACAGGGGGUGCAAUAUGUUAAAUUGGGGGAGGGCAGUGUGUCAAAUUGGGCAGAGGGUAGUGUAUUAAAUUAGGGGAUGGAGGGGGGCAGUGUAUUCAAUUAAAGUGAAAAGAGGAGGGGCAGUGUAGUAGAUUGGGUGAAGACUGUAGUAUAUUAGAUUGAAUUUGGGGGCAAUGUAUUGGAUGUGUGGGCAGUGCAUUAGAUUGGGUCUGCAUGAGGUGCUGAACGCUCCUCAUGGAGAUGCUGAUUGGCCGCGCAAAUUUUUGCCACACAUGCACAAUAGCCUCCCAAUGCUUUCCUAUAAGAAAGCAUUGGAUUGGCUGAGAUCAUCAAAUUUUAUUUCAGCCAAAGUGCAAUACACACUCAUAGGAAAAUCAACAAGAUAACUUAAUUUGUUUUUUUACAGCUGUGCAACAGCAUACAUUCACCAUUUCAGACGCAUUACCAAACUUUUCUUAAUAGGUCAAGGUAGUUGGACUGAAAAAUUGGUUAUAUGUAAAUGCAUGUCUCCUUAAAAUAAAUUCACUCUUUUGUUUACUUUGAAGCCCUAUGAGCAUGGAGACAUCCAAUGUCAGUUAGGCAACUUUUUUUUUUUUUUUUUUUAAUGAAAAUGUUUUUGGUUUUUUUGCGGCCUACAUAAACUUAAACCAUGGUUUAUUUGGCCUGUGUUAGCCUAUGAGUUUGACAUGCUUGAUGUACAGUGUGUAGCAUUGCUCUUUCAUGACUUACUCACUAGGGGUUUGGUCAACCCUCUCAGAGGUAUAAGAAAGUCAGGGUGCAGAAUUUGGGAACAAAAAAGAAAAACAAAAUAAAUGUAGAGAGUGGAAGAAAACAGAUUGAAGCCAUUAGGCUAAAAUGGAAAGUUUAACAAGGCAGUCAUUGUGGUUAUUUUUGUAAGAAAAUAAAUAUGUAAUGAGCAAGUCAUUUGCGUGUUUAAAAUAUCUGUAAUAUUUACAGUCAUAAGUGAAAAAUAAUAUAUUUGUGUUGGUAUAUUUUUUCCCCCCACGAACUGAAGCUUAUGCCAAGACUGGUAGAAUUGUAUCAAUGUCCGGGAUUUUCAGAAGAUGGUCCUUUGCCUUUUCCUCACGGGAUUAAGUUGAGCACCAUAAUUAAUAAUGUUGUUUUAGGCCAUGAAAACACUGGGGGCAAGGUAUGUCAAUAUAUUCUCAACUAAGAUUUUCUUUUCCACUUUCUAUAUGUAUAUAUGUAAUACUAAUAAUUAAAAGCUGGUUAUGACUUUAUCAUUUAAGAAUGUUUAACAUUUUACAAAUAUCAGGACCACAAUUAAAGUUCAAUUCAGCUACCAACUGAAAAUGGAAAAAGGUAUUAAAACCUCAUCAAACGUAAAAGCUAGUCUAAAAGACUUAUGGGAAAAAUGGAUUAAAAAAAUUUCAAACUUCUUUAAUAUUAUUUGCUGCAGGAGUGGGGCUCUCUCCCUCUUUUCUCCCCUCCACAAGCACUCACAUGUUUUUUUGUUUUUUUUUAAUCUCUCUCCAUUUUUUCUCUUCUCUACUCUUGAUCUGCUUUUCUUGUAUAAGUUAAAUAUCAAUACAAAGGAACAUAAGAGCUGUUAGUCUACAAAAAUAUUCCACAUAUAUAUGAUGUUUACCUAACUUAGCUCACUUUUUAUAAAUAUUUUGCUGAGCACUUACAUUUCUUUGUCUUAUGAGUUUCUUUGUCUAUUAAGUUGGUAUGAAAUGUUUUAAUCUGUAUAAAACCAAAUGAAGAUAUAAUUUGUAAAAAAGAAAAAUAUAAAUCUGACUGUCAUCCUGCAUAGUAGCCUUCUACUGGAGCUCUGUGCCAGGAUUGUGAUUCUUAGCAGUGGCUGUGCACAACUAAAAGCAGAUCAUUUACUAGUUUGAGGAUACAGUCAGACACGUUUUGAAUCUGACAAACCUGCUGAGGUUAGAAGGGACUUACAUGUUGGUUGGAAUAGCUGAACAGUCUCCGGAGCCGGUGCUUUCAGACCUCAUCUGGAACCUUUCCUGGUCCUCCUGCCUCCCAAAUUGCUAGAUGAUGUCAUCCCGGCCUCAAGAGUUCGCCUGAUUUGACAGGGUUUGGUGCUUGUGUGAUAUAACACAUACCUGCUGCUACUCAACCAGGAGGCUAGUUCCAGUUUCACAUGGCACUCAUCAACAGCUCUGCAUCAGCUAUGUUACUGCUUCGUUUUGUAUAUUUACUCAACACACAACCAUGAGUUCCCCUACACACUCCUCAAGGUCAAAAAGGUGAUCAAGGAAAAUAAACUGUACCUAUGCUGUGCUCAGUCAAGCCAGUGCCAAGCAACUCUGAAGAAAGCCUUGAGGGUGCUACCUUGCUGCUGCUGGCAAUGCUAUGUUCCAGAAAGCCUGAACAGUCUAAAAGAUGAUGGGGUAGACUUACUUGUGAGAUCCUUGUGACUACCGCAGCAGCUGCCUGACUGAAGUUGGAGCGCAUGAGAGCCCUCACCUUGAGUACUGCCUAGGGCAGGUUUAGGCAAUCUUUGGCACUCCAGAUGUUUUGGACUAAAUCUCCUAUAAUGCUUUUACAGUCAUAAUGCUGUCAAAGCAUCAAGGGAAAUGUACAAAACUAGUGGAGAUAGGUGUAAUAAAUAUAUUAAAAAAGGACAGCUACAUACACCAAUAAGUGUCUUAAGUGAGUGAAAGCUCAUAGGUCAGAAAAGGGUAUGUGCGCUCCUCAAUGUAACAACAUAGAAGUAGAACGAUAAAAAAUAAAAAGGACAAGUUUAUUGAUAUAUAAAACCAUGCAUAUAAAUCCUAAAAAUAGUACUAAAUCUGAAUAUAAACGUCACCAUACUGAUCUAAUUCUUGUCUGUUAUGAGCUUAUAAAGGUGAUAAAGAACAAUAUGUGUAUAUAUAGAGUGUAUAAACAGGCACCGAUAGAUAAAUACGGUACACCAAAUAGCAGUGUAUUUCUUAUCAAGGGAAAUGUAGUCUAAAACAUCUGGAGUGCUGAAGGGUGCCUACACCUGGCAUAGGGUGUGUAAGUUGAAUUAUAUGCCUUUGUUGUCAUUCUUGGAGAGUCUGUGUAUGUAAUGCUGAACUAUUAUAUGCCUUUUAUUUGAGUUAGAUAAAGUAUUGUUACUUCAGCCGAUGUUCCUGACCUAGGGCAUUAGUGUGUAUAUGCUUCUUGUUCUGUGACUACCCAGUAAUUUUUCUUUAGUCUAAGUUGAGCCUGUAACUCCCAAGGUUGUAUUUCCCUCUGUUAAAGGGACACUCCAGGCACCCAGACCACUUCUGCCCAUUGGAGUGGUCUAUAAACUGCAAUAAUUACCUUGCAGGGUUAACUCCACCUCUAGUAGCUGUCUAGUAGACAGCCACUAGAGGCUGUCUAGUAGACAGCCACUAGAUGGCACUUCCUGGUCUCUAGCACAGGAAACCUGGACGUCCUCACGCUAUGUGAGGACCUCCAGCGUCGCUCAUUUCCCCAUAGGAAAGCAUUUUCAAUGCAUUUUCAAUGCUUUCCUAUGGGGAGCGCUAAUGCGCAUGCGCAUUAGGUCUCCCCGGCCGGUGUGCGGGAUCAGUCUCGCCCACCGGCCGAUGCAAUCAGAGGAAGGAGCGGCGCGGAGGAAGAAGCAGCGACGUGGGACAUCGUCGCUGCCUCAGGUAAGUUACUGAAGGGGUUUUCACCCCUUCAACAACCAAGCAUUGGGGGGUAGGAGGGAGAGGGAACCUGCAGUGCCAGGAAAAUGGAUUGUUUUCCUGGCACAGGAGUUUCCUUUUAAACCGAUACUUCUGUGAUUGUCUCUUCUAAAUUUUAAUAUCUUGUUUACAUAAUAUUAUUGUAUAAUGCUUCUUUUUGAGACUUAAGGUUACAACAAACAUAACAUAAAAAUUCCGUAAUAACCUUAUAUAAUAAAGUGGUAUAAAGAAUAUAUAUAAAUGAAAGACAAUGGAUUUAAAUACUAUGCUGGCUGUGCAUUUAUAUUCCAAACACCAUUCCUACCGAUUACCAGAUCUGCUCAUCCAAAGUGGUUCGUCAUAUUCUGAGUUCCACAUCGGCUAAAGAUUUGCUUCUGGAUUGCUAUUUGUGGAUAUUUCUCCAUAUGUAUAAGGUAAGAAGACCUAAACAAAUAAUAUGCAAAAAUGUAAUUAUAUUACGGAGAUCUUUCCUUUGCUUUACUGUUCUACCACUGUUUAGUACCUAGCUUAGUGUGAUGCAAGUCCAGCCAUGUACCAAAGGUCAAUGCCACAUUGAGGAGACAGUGGGUAUUUUAAAUUUUUAUGCGGGACACUGUAUUUGUGCUGAAUAAACUAUAUAACAGUGGUUCCCAAACUUUUUAGGUUCAAGGCGCCCUUAAUAUUUCAGUAUUUUUCCAAGGCACCCCAAGUCAAAAUUUCAAAGUUGUAUAUUUCUACAUUUACUGGCGCUAUAGUGUAAUGUACAGUGUUGGUGUUUGAAGGGGUGCUUGUAUACAUUUAUUGUGUUUUAAUACAGGGUGUGUUUGUAUGUGAUGUUUGCAUUUGAUUGCAGGGAUGUGUCUGAAUGUAAUGUUCACUUUUAAAUGUGGAUGUACAUUUGUGUAAAGUUUGUGUUUGAGUGAAGGGGUGUGUUUGUAUAUUUUAUUUUUUAGUUUGAAUGCUAUUUAUUUGUGUUAGAUUGCAGGAGUGUGCUUGUAUGUUGUGCUGGUGUUCGAUUUUCGCAUUCAGCGUCACAGAAGCGCCUCUAGCAGCUGUCACGAAGACAGCCACUAGAGGCUGGCUUAACCCUGAAUGUAAACAUAGCAGUUCUCUGAAACUGCUAUGUUUACAUAGAAACAUAGAAUAUGACGGCAGAUAAGAACAUACUGAUUAUAACAGUGAGGCUAUAAUAUCUUCUUUUAUUUGUGUUUUAAAGACAGACAUUGAGUACCAGAGGAAGUUAUUUGAUCGUGUAGCAAAAAGUUAUGUUCAUCUUCUCAAUUUAUGCCUGAACUCACGCAAUGGGGAGGCCUUCCUAAAUGUAAGCAUUACGUCUGUUCUGUCCUGAAUACUUGUGUUUUUAAAAAAGAAAUUAAAAAAAAACCUCUUAAAUGUAAUCGCUUAAGGCAAAACUGUUACUGUCAAAGGGACUCUAUAGGCACCCAGACCACUUCAUCUCAUUGAAAUGGUUGGGUGUAGUGUCCCUGUCCCCCUCAGCCCCCUAUCAUUAAAGGACCACUCUAGGCACCCAGACCACUUCAGCUUAAUGAAGUGGUCUGGGUGCCAGGUCCAGCUAGGGUUAACCCAUUUUUUCAUAAACAUAGCAGUUUCAGAGAAACUGCUAUGUUUGUGAAUGGGUUAAGCUUUCCCCCUAAUCCUCUAGUAGCUGUCUCAUUGACAGCCACUAGAGGCGCUUGUGUGCUUCUCACUGUGAUUUUCACAGUGAGAGCACGCCAGCGUCCAUAGGAAAGCAUUAUGAAUGCUUUCCUAUGUGACCGGCUGAAUGCGCACGCAGCUCUUGCCGCGCGUGCGCAUUCAGCCGACGGGGCAGAUCGGAGGAGGAGAGGAGGCAGAGAGCUCUCCGCCCAGCGCUGGAAAAAGGUAAGUUUUUACCCGUUUCCCCCUUCCAGAGCCGGGCGGGAAGGGGACCCUGAGGGUGGGGGCACCCUCAGGGCACUAUAGUGCCAGGAAAACGAGUAUGUUUUCCUGGCACUAUAGUGGUCCUUUAACAUUGCAGUGCUAAGACUUCUUCCAGUAAAAGGUAAUGAUGGUCCAGGCACUCAAGUUCAAUCCAUUGGGCAGAUUUAUUGAAGCAGAAUCAAAACAACAUUUCUGCCCACAACAGGGCCUUUGUCAAACGCCCUGUUGUGGGUAGAAACUUUGUUUUGAUUCUGUCUUAAUAAAUCUGCCCACUGGAUUGAACUGGAGUGCCUGGACCAUCAUUACUUUUUCUGCAAAUCACAUUGUGAGGAUUGGCCAACCUCAGACCCAGUUGCACCCUGGGAUCCAGGAGAGUGCGGUAUCCAUAUUGGUAAUUAAGACUUCUUCCAGUGGAGGUUUACUAGACAGCUUCUAGAGGCAUUUCCUACUGUUUUAUGCAGUUUGAAUCAUUGAAACAAGGCUGGACAUGCUCAUGCUAUGCAUGAUAACAUCCUGCAUCUUCAAAUCCCAAUGCUUUCCUAUAGGGAAGGGCUAAUGCUCACGGCACUCACAGUACCUGCACAUUAGGUUCCCCCUCAGAGCUGACGUCAGAGGAGAUUUAGCCAGCAACAAUGGACCUCAAUGCUGGACUAAUGUAAGUGAGAAAAAGGGUUUUUUAACCCUUUAACUGUUGUGAGGGGGGUGGACUUUCUAUUCCUAACGCUAUAGUGUUCAUUUAAUUAAGCAGUUUUGAUGUACAGAUCAUGCCCCUGCAGUUUCACUGCUCAGUUCUAUACUUUAUUUACUAAAUCACCAAUUUACUAAAGGUACUAUCAAGAACUCCCAAGAUUCUCUUUAAACGGAUUUUGGUUAGUAACUCGUAUACCUCCAUCUGAGCCCAGGUAUGCCAUUUGUUUCCAAAAGGAUAUUGAUGGACUCAUUGACUAUUUACAAUAAACUGAUUUAUAGAGAGGCGCUUAAAGGAAAAUUAAAAUGUUACUUAAAAGAUAAAGAGAAAGGGUGAAAACAUAGGAAACCUAUUAACCUAUAAUAAUCAUUAAAUACAAAAAAGAACAACAAUACAUUCACCAUAUUCUAUAGUCCAACAUAAUCAUGGACUUGACAAUAUUUCAAUAUAUCAGGUCAACAAAUACCAAAAUCAUAAGUCUUUGUGCAAUAAGAUUUGCUCACAGAUUAUACGUUUUUUUUGUAGAAGAUACCUAGAUAGUCUUUUAAAGUUCAUUGAUCAUCAUGUAAUCCACGAUUCUGGCUUAUUUCCACAGAAUUUAAAUGAAUCCCGGUAUAUAAAAGUAAAACAUACAAGAAAAAUAUAUGUUAUAAGGUAUCCAUUUUUUCUUCAUCAAAAACACAGAAUCAAUAUUACAAGGUUUGACUUUUAUUAAAACAUACUUCUAUAAAAUACCGUAGAUGCAAUUUAUAAAAUACAUAUGUAUAUGCAAUAAGUGUUUAUAUUUAGAGACAGAAAUAUAUCGACAAAUAACAAUUUAGUGCAGACCUUAUCCAGAUUGCUCGGCAUCUUGAGUGUAUGUAGGUUAAAUCUGCACCAGGCUUUGUAGAAGUCUUGUGUGGACUGGAUGCCAGUAGUGGGAUCGGCUCCUUUCCAAACACGUUUCUCCGCUUUGGCGGCUUUUUCAAUGGAAAUAUUGUCAAAUUGGUUAUAGAAAGUCUAAAUUAUUUUUGGACUAUAAAGAAUAGAAAAUAGGGUGAAUGUAUUGUUGUUCGUUUACUAUUUAGUUAGACAAAUAAUAAUUAAUUGAGUGUGGCUAUUCUAUACAUACAUAUCUUCCAGAUCUAUUGUCCACUUUGAAAAUUCACCUUGAAUUCUCACUUCAGUGAGUAACUCUGUUUGGAAACCUAUUUCAAAGGUGAUGUUUAAAAAAAAAAUAAAAAAAUAAAAAGUUUGCUUGGCCAAAUCUUCAACGCAUGUAUUUAAAUUAUAAAAUAAUAAAAAAAGCAUGUAUUUAAAUUAUAAAAUAAUUUUUAAAAAUGUCUGUAUACAGCAUUUCCCCCCCUCUUUUUAACCAGGUCUACCCAUCACUUCUAAGCCAGGCUAUAUACAGUGGGUUUUGCUGCUCUUUCCCCCAGUCUCUGUACCAGUUCCAGUCAGAUGACUUUAAAACUGAGCUGUGCGAUCUUAUCUGGCAAUGGAUUGCAGGUGAGAGAUCAUACUCCCAGUCCCAAACAGUAGUUAUACUAUUUCAGCAUUAGCAUUCCAAAUAGUUUGGAAUUAAACAUACUGAAAUUAGUAGCAUUGUGUAAUAUAUUUUGACAUUGAAAUGAAUAGCAAGUUAAUUUACAUUAAAAGAAAACUGUAAUUAUUUUAAUAUAAUAAUACAAUACUAUUUAAUAUACUGUAGAAGUUAUACUUCUUUUUAGAGCAUAUCUUGUCUUCUCUUACCUCUUGAAAAAUUAGGGUUUUUAACUGUUGUGUGAUAUGGGUCAAAAGUCAGAAAAUGUUAAUUGGUUACUGAUGCUAGAUUGUAAUGAAUGCCUGUCAGAUCAAAGUGUUGCUGUGUUUUGUUGCUGGGCCAAACUACCUACUAGCAGUUGGAAAAACCUACAUUUAUCUAUGCAAUACACUUUUAAUGCAAAUAUUGCAUAUGUUCCUGUUUGUCCAUUUACAUUGUUAUCUUUCUCAGGUAUUUACCCCAGUCCAGGAAUCCACAGCAAGUGGGACUAUGGUUCUUUGGAACCAAAAGCUGAACUGGCUCAUGGGACGGAAAAGCAAAAGAAAGGUGAAUAAUUUGUCAGAAAAAACACAAAAAAAACAAUAAGGUGUUGAUAAACUCUGAAGAUCUUUGUAGACAGAAACUUAAUUUAAGAAGAAGAGAAAUAGGAUGAGUUACUUUCCAAGUUUCCAUUUUCUGUAGGAAGUUUAUUCCUAAAUAUUACACAGAUCCUGUUAAAAUCAGAACUUUGGAAAUAAUUUGUAAGGGGAUCCAGCUAUUUCCAUUCUGGUACAGUUUACACAAUUAUUUUGAUACCUAAUACCACAUUCAUAAUAGCACAGUUUUGAAAACUCUCUGCACAUAUUGCAAUGGAUAGCUUUGUUAUGUAGGUCCCUAGACAAUCAUUCUGAUAUGCAUCAACCCAUCUUCCGGUUACAUUUAAGAUAUGAAAACACAUAAUACAAUUGUUGUUGACAAAUACUGUUUUGAUAAUUCAGAUGUGACUAGUUAAAAUGGCAUGCAGUCAAAGCAAUGCACAUGUAGAAUCUCUGCAAUCUAUUUAAUCAUCCACAAUUUCUACCUGAUUUUUGCAGGAUUCACUUAUAAUAAAGGUGGAAAGAAGCAAAUGAGAAAAUCGUUUAAAAGGUUGUCAUCACGGAAAAUAUGCCCAGCUAAAGAGGUAAAUAAAGAUAAAUAUACUGGUGUUUGUGUACUUAGAGCUGCUACUUCCUUUAGUGCAUAAUUAAACUUGAUCACACAAAAACCCUUCAAAAUAGACUCUGUAGCAUCAAUCCUGACAAGGAUGGCAAGAAUAUCCUGCACAGGGAAGUGCAGGAAGACAUCCACUAGAAGUUACAACACUUACUUAAAAAUAAAGUCACUGCACACAGACCAAUUCAUUGAGUGAAGUGGUCUGGUUGUCUAUAGUGGUUCUUUAACAAAUUAUGUGAUGACAAUAGCACCAGUAAAUUAAUUUCAAAUAUCAAAUUUAUUUUACCCUAAUUACCAGCAGUGAUGCAUAAUGCAUUCAUAAAUGUUUAAGACAUUUAGUAUUGUGUGAUAUUGUCAUAUCUAUUUUUAGGCUCCUUCAGUAUGUUCUGGUCCAAAUUUUGAAAAGAAACUCUUUAACCUGAAUGGUCACAGCCCACUGAUCCAAUAUCACCUUCGGAAUCUAAAAGCUGAACCUCGAGAUGGACUGGGCAUCUUAGUACGAAGAACUGAAAUCCAAAAGCUCAAUUCCAUACUAGUACAUCCACACCUCUAAAAAAACCUAUUUUAUCAUCCUCAAUAUUGUAGAAUUCAGUGAUGUGUGUCACCAAAACAACUGUAACUGUUGCUGGUAAUUAAAAUACUUUUUACACUGUUUUUUGUAUUUGACACUGUUGUUUCAUCAAAAACCCUUUUACAAGGGGAUGUAGCUUUAAGGGUAUGAUAAUGGCUGCCUGAUCUAUGGUAAUAGUACCUAUUAACAUUGUUGGAAUUAG